ACGAUCCGGACCUACUGCAGCUUCAUGCAUGCACCACUACCCAAAGCCAAUCAAUGUUCUGCAUGGGAUUUGGGCACCACCGAGCAGCAGCACGCCCUCGCAGAGCCCUGUCGCCAUCGCCUGCGACCAUCUUUCGCGUGCGCUUUGCUCUGCGCUCGCAACCGGGCCCGUCCCGCGCGUAGCCUCCCUCCUCCUUCACUUACAGUACCUUAUCCUCCCCACCUGCCUGCUGCAGUUGUGUGUUUAGACUCUGGAUCGCGAGUAUAAGCAAGGUCAUCCCUACGCCUUUGCCACCUCUAUCCUCUUCCAGCAUUGAUUGUCGCUCACAUUCACCCUCCGACUGCCCAUCAUCGCUGCCGCACCUGCGCCUGCCACUGCUGCUGCCGCUCCUGCCACCGCGCCCGCGCUCCAUGAACCCGGCUGCCUCCGCCACUGCGUGUUGGACGAAGCAGAGUCAGGCACUGCUCCCCACGCGCGUGCGCUGCGCAGCUUAAGCUUUCACCUACACCGCCUCGACCGAGCUGUCACCUACUAAAUGGCCUACGCAAACACGUACCAGUCGCAUUCUGCUGCAGCGUUCGUUGACGAGGACUCAGCGGUGCUGGAUCCUACCAUACUGGAUCCCGACAUGCACAGUCCGACUGGUACCUCUUUCCGCAAGGACUCGUUCGCCAACACCCAUGGCGUGCUCUCGCCCGCCGACUCUCAGGCAUGGGACCAUCAGUACUCUGGUCCGAUAGCCGUCGAAUCCACUGCACCAGGAGCUCCGGGACCCUUCCACGACGAUGCUGCUGUCUUUGUGCGCCAGCAACCACUCCAUCCCCCGCCGGCCUUUGCUCAACAACAUCAGCCGGGCCCGUGGCCCUUCGAGCAUGGCUCUGGCGACUGCACGCCGACCACUGGCGCGGAGUUCAUGCCACCACCUCCACCAUUUGAGGGAGGGUCGCACUACGUCCACAAUCGUGCAGACAGCGCGCAUGGCAGCUUCAGUCACCACCCUCCCCACCAACAGUUCCCGCAGCACGCGGAAGCACACUUCAUUCCGGCGCCUCAGGUCCAGACGCCCAUGUCGCCGCACUCGCAUCAGGACUGGAUGGGCAUGGCACAGCAGGAAAUGGAGGGCAGGCCCUCAUCAAAACGCAUGAGACCGUCCUCGCCUCCUCGCACCAUGAUCGACUUCCAGCGGAGGGACGGCAUUCGCAAGAAGAACGGCAGGAUCGACAUCCCUCACGAGCGAAAUAUCCAAACCAUUGACGAGCUGAUUGAGCAAACCACGGACGAAGACACUUUAAAAGAACUCAAGCAACAAAAGCGUCUCCUCCGAAAUCGUGAAGCAGCACUGGCGUCUCGGCAGAGGAAGAAGAAGCACACUGAAGAUCUUGAAGUCAAGGAGAAGAGCUACACAACCCAGAUUGCCAUGCUCGAAGCCCAACUAGGAGAAUUCACACGCGAGCGCGAUGUGCGCGAGAGAGAACGACAGGUCAUGCAUCAGCGACUUGCCGAAUCGCAACGCAUCAUCGACACCAUGCAGGACGAGAAGCGUGAACUCAUGAUGCGACAUAACGAGGAAGCCUCGCAACUGAGAAGGAGGGUUCAGAUCCUAACAGAGCAGCUUGAAAUCGGACCCGCCCCAGCAAUGUCAGCUGCUCCGAGCAGCACUGGAUUCACAGACUUCAACGCGGAGAUGGAAGCACUCAACAUGGGAACGCACGACUGGGACAACUUCAUCUUCGUCAACGACCUUUCCAACAAUGCAUCUGACGACUUUUCUUUCGGCGCCAAACACGAACCUUCCAAGAAGACCUCUGUGCCCAGCAACGCCGUGCAAAGCACAAGCAAGCGCAGCACAGAGGCAGUCACUGAUCAGCCGAUCGCUUCUGGCCUCCUCUUCAUGCUACUUUUGUGCGGUGCCUGGAUCGCUUCCAAACCACCGGCUUCGCAACCACACGACUUGCCCCAGAUGCCACCUGAUGUACGGGCUGCAGCUCCUGCUGUCCUCGAUAGCCUGCUUGCAGAGAGUGGCGUUCCUCACGGAGAGAACCGUUACCAAUCGACAACAGAAGCUGCACCAGAACCGCUUCCCUCUGGCCAGCCUGCUCCGGGCAGAUCGAGCAAAAUCGACCGUAUGCAUCACGCCAUAACAACUUCGACCAAGCAACAGCAGAUCGACCAGGCCUUUUCCUUGACGCAAGCGCAAUAUGCUUCGCUCACAAACGGCAAUGGGCACGCGUACAAUCAGCCAAUGAACCAGGAAUCCGGGCCCCCGCAACGGCGUGUGCUCGCAGAGGCGCUGGCAAAUCUCGAACAAGAUCAACCUGGCAGCAAUAAGGCAGAGGUCUACACUCGAAGUCUGCUUUGGGGCCAAAUACCGUCAGACGUGGUGCGACAAUUCAAGGAACUGGUUCGUGAACAUAACGAAAUCGAUCGGCGAGGCAGCAACGGGAACAAUCUCAAGACUGACACAUCAUAACGGCAUUGAACAAUAUAGACGACAAUCUCACGACACAACAUUCUGGACAACCGCUUUUUCUUUUGAUCUAAAACUCCACAGCAGAAACCGGUCCACAGACCAGGAAUUCUCGGCUUUUUCAGAUCUCAUUCAAAUCAACAAAUUGAGGAAAAGGAACUUGAUAUAAUAUUGCAUUCUCGCGAUACCCACCAUGGACGAGCUCUACGCUUUUCUUUUCGCGGAUUUCUGUUCGCUCGUCUACAAAAACCUCUUCUUUUUACUUAUCUUUCUGCACGCUUUACGAAGGUCACGUUUGAAGGAAUUACGGGAGCUCGGCAGAUUCGCCUCGAGCAUGAAUGAAUGGUAUGACAUGAUUACGAAGGAAGCACGGUCUAGAUGUCGGUUGCGUGUAACGGGAUAUAUACUGCUGUACAUUCGACCAAAUCCACGGUCUGCUCCCAUGUGGAGUCUGUUACUCUGGUACUGUGUCUCGUGGCUUUCCUUCUCUCUUUACAUCGUGAUGUCAUUUAGGAUUGUACUUGUCCUUCCAAAUCCUGUUGGUCAAGUGGUUAGCUUCUGCUGAGGUAUUUUGAGAGCACAGUCGGCACCCUGCGUGCAGCUGCUGAAAUAGCCGAUGGUUCAGAGGUGCAGCAGACAAGCCGGCAGUGCCCCCGUCGCAUAGCUCGGAACCGACUGGAAAGCAAGGUACAAGUGUAUCGCCGCCUGGCCGUGAUGGGGCGAUGAGGAAAAGAGUGCAAGUUCAAUUGCGAUUGGUGAUUCCAGAGUGGAUUAAGAAUAGCGGUGUGUGCCGGGUCAAGACGGCUCGAUGCAAGAAGAGGGAAAAACACGGAAAAAGAGAGAAAGAGAUUAUGCUUGACUCACCAGCUUUGG